CUCUCCUCUCAGCGUCUCUCUCUCUCUCGCCCGUUUGGUUUCAGCUUAUGUUCUCGGUCGCCGCCGAGAUGUCGACCUCCGGGACGGCUGAGGGCUCGGAGGAAGAGGCGAAGCAGAAGCUGCUGUGGAACGUCAAGCGAGAGGUGAAGCAAAUUAUGGAAGAAGCUGUUACCAGGAAGUUUGUUCAUGAAGACAGCAGCCACAUCAUUGGCUUAUGUACCGUUGUUGAGGCCUGCCUGCUCUACAUGCUGAAGCGCCGUGCCGCCGGCUUUCUGCGGAGCGACAAAGUGGCGGCACUCUUCACAAAAGUUGGGAAAACCUACCCUGUAGCCGGAGAGCUGUGCGCCAAGGUUCAGGAACUACAGCAUCUGGCGGAUAACAAGAAAAAUGCCUCCAACGGACAAGAAUCGCUGAAGAGACAGGGAUCGGUAUCCAAGACUCCAACCUUGACACCUCAAGCUAUCAAGCAUAUCUGGGUGCGCACAGCCUUAUUUGAGAAGGUUCUGGAUAAAAUCGUUCAGUACAUUGUUGAUAACUCCAGUAAAUAUUAUGAGAAGCAAGCUCUAAUAGCAGAUCCAGUCUGUGGACCCAUACUAGCGUCUCUGCUUGUUGGGCCUUGUGCACUAGAAUAUACAAAACUUAAAACUGCUGACCAUUACUGGACUGACCCAUCGGCUGACGAAUUGGUCCAAAGGCACCGUAUUCAUGGUGCACAUGGACACCAGGAUUCCCCGUCUAAACGGCCGGCUCUCGGUAUAAGGAAGCGUCACUCAAGUGGAAGCAUGUCAGAAGAUAAAUUUGCUGCUUCGGCGAGGGAAUACGUGGAGUCGUUACAUCAGAAUUCCAGAACACAUCUUCUGUAUGGGAAAAACAAUGUUCUUGUCCAGCCAAAGGAGGACGUGGAGACAGUUCCAGGAUAUCUGUCCCUUCACCAGUCUGCAGACCAUUUAACCCUGAAGUGGACCCCAAACCAGCUCAUGAAUGGAACUCUAGGAGAUUCUGAGCUUGAAAAGAGUGUCUAUUGGGAUUAUGCCUUAACUGUGCCGUUACAUCAGAUAGUCUGCAUUCACUGCCAUCAACAGCCUGACAGCGGUGGGACAUUGGUGUUGGUGAGUCAGGAUGGAAUCCAGAGACCUCCACUCCACUUCCCCCAGGGUGGCCACCUACUGGCCUUCCUCUCCUGCCUUGAAAAUGGGUUGUUACCACGAGGACAGCUCGAUCCACCACUUUGGUCACAGCGAGGAAAGGGUAAAGUGUUUCCAAAGCUGCGGAAAAGGAACAGCAGAGCCAAAUUUAUGGACCAAGAAGACCAGACGGUGGAUGAAGUAGCUACUGAUUAUGUGUUCAGAAUAAUAUAUCCGGGACAGAAGAAUGACUAUGAUCCUAGUGAAUUGUUGGAAAUGCAUGGAUGCAGCUCAACCCAGUUUCCUUGGCAACUUGGAGGCCCGUGUAGCCAAGGCUCCUCCUGUUUCUCCUGCUCCACCAACGGUUCUCCCUAUGAUGUCCCCGUCUGCUGCUCCUGCAGGAACGACAGGACUCCACUAAAGAUGCUUUGUGAGAACAUGAAGAGACAGAUAGUUUCAAGGGCGUUCUAUGGAUGGCUGGCCUACUGCCGUCACCUCUCAACAGUCCGCACACAUCUGUCAGCACUUGUGAACCACACCAUUGUCCCGCCCAACAAGCCAUGUGAAGCCUCGGGCGGACUGACAGCAGAAGUCUGGAAUAAGUAUGAAAAGGAUCGAAAGAAUUACAAAAAGUUGGAGCUGCUGCGAAUGGUUUACUAUGGAGGGGUGCAACAUGAAAUAAGGAAAGACGUCUGGCCUUUUCUUCUGGGCCACUACAAGUUUGGGAUGAGCAAACAGGAUAUGGACCAGGUGGAUGAAAAUAUUGCUGCCAAGUACAGGAGUGUAAUGGCAGAGUGGAAAGCGUGUGAAAUGGUUGUCAAGCAGAGAGAUAAGGAAACCCACUCAGCCAUCUUGGCAAAGCUGUCAUCGGGCAGCAGCAUCGACAGCCACGUGCAGCACCUGAUUCACCGAGAUUCAACCAUCAGCAACGACGUCUUCAUUUCUGUUGAUGAAGGAGACCAGGGAGAAAAAGCCUUUAAGAUGGUGGAUGGUGCAACAACAAUAGUGAACGUUGACACUCCGGCUGUAGCAGUUGAAGAGAGACCAUCCAUUGAGUUUGACUCUCCUGACUCUGGGCUGCCUUCUUCAAGAAAUUAUUCUGUCGCCUCGGGGCAUUCCCGGAUCCUCUCAAGUACUGAUGAUCAAAGUUUGUGCAUGGAGGAGGGUACGCUGGAGGACGAAGAUAAAACCGAACUGGGCGAGGUUGCAGAACAAGCUCACGAUAGUGAGUCUGGUUCUGGAAGGACGAGUGUUCUCCAACAGGCUGGAGCCCAGGAUUCAUUGUCUGAAGAACAGCUAUGUACCCAGUUAGAUCUGAUAAUGUCUGAAAAGGACAGCUCAGCUUUACCGACUAUGACAUAUACGACAGAACUGAUGGAUGCUGUCUCACUAAAUUGGCACCGGAUUGAUAAGGAUGUACAACGUUGUGAUAGAAAUUACUGGUAUUUUACUACAGUGAACCUUGAAAGACUAAAAAGUAUCAUGUGCAGCUACGUGUGGGAACACCUGGACGUAGGCUAUGUUCAGGGAAUGUGUGACCUCUUGGCACCGUUAAUGGUUAUCCUUGACAAUGAGCCCCUGGCUUACAGUUGCUUCACUCAGCUCAUGAAGAGGAUGAAUCAGAACUUCCCGAAUGGAGGUGCCAUGGACACUCACUUUGCCAACAUGAGAUCCUUAAUACAGAUUUUGGACUCUGAGCUUUUCGAGUUGAUGCACCAGAAUGGAGACUACACACACUUCUACUUCUGCUAUCGUUGGUUCCUCCUGGACUUCAAACGAGAACUCUUAUAUGAAGAUGUCUUUGCAGUGUGGGAGGUCAUCUGGGCAGCAAAGUACAUCUCUUCAGAGCAUUUUGUCCUCUUCAUUGCCUUAGCACUGGUGGAGGUUUACCGUGAGAUCAUUCGUGAUAACAACAUGGAUUUCACAGACAUCAUAAAGUUUUUCAAUGAGAUGGCGGAGCGACAUGACACCCAGCAGAUUCUGCGGAUUGCACGUGAGCUGGUCUACAAGGUGCAGACUCUAAUAGAGAACAAGUGACAGAACUGAGGGAGCAAGGAAGGCCUGACCCUCCUUCCAGGCUGGAGCGGGGACCUCCCCUCCUCCCUCUGGCUGCUCUGGCGCCCGUUCCCCUGCAACUCGAAGCAUGACAGUUCAAGAGGAUGCGGUGGUCACACCUUCCGAGCCCUCGAGAUGCUCAGCAGCAAGCAGAGCCUGCAAGGUGUUAUCGUGGAGGCCGGGAAUUAGCCAAGGGAAUGGCGCUAAUUGUUUUCCCCCAACAAGGUUCACCAAUCAUCAGUCACAUUUUAGUGAUGCUUUAGCAGUUUAUAAAAACACUUUUUUUCCUUCAACUUUCCUUCAUUGUCUCUGCUGCCUUAGUUGUGAGAUCUUACUUGUAGUCGUACUUUUAAUUUAUUUAUUUUUUAAAUCAGUGAGUGCCUAAAUAUUAAAUGUGUGGCAAAAAAUAUACUCAGUCCCCAUCCACAUUAUAAUCCUGUACCCUCAGACAAACAGAUGGGUAUGAGCUAGAAAUGAGGUUUUCACAACCAAUUUUCAUUUGUGAACUCAUAGUAAUUUUUAACUCCAGACUGACUGAACAGAUUUGGAAGGACCACUGUACAUUUAAUACUUUUCAAUGCAGAUCGAUCUGAUCUUACAGAUUAUUUUAGCAUGUUUACACUGAGAGUUACAGAUAUUUUAAAUAUAUUGAAGAAUGUUGCCAAUAACUAGAUGUUCUAUGGUUCUGUAUGUUUCUGUAAUAUUACUUUCUAGUAUUGAACUUUCCCAAAGUAUUGGGAAAUUGUUUUCACCUACAGUAUUUGCCAAUUCUAAAGCAGGGCAUUUAGUAGUUCUAUCAAGAUUUACUUUGCGUGAGGUAAAGUUUUGAUGUAUGCUGUUAGUUAAGUUGGUUGGGUUGUGGUAACAUCCUCCACAUUCCCGCCCCUCCCCCCCAUCUUUCUCCCUGCAUAGACAGGCACACGGACUAUCAUUGCAAAUCCAAAUCUCUUUUUUUUAGAAAAAAGCCCCAUCAGCGGUGUCUUGAGGGGAGAUCAGUAGCUGUGCUUCAUAACCUGGGGAGAAUGAGGUCAGAGACUCUUAAUUUUUCUUUUCCUCAAGCUGAAAUGCCUCACCUCUGAAAUAAGCCCCUUCCAAAGGCUUAAGCAGUUAAAGAGGCAAAAAGCCCUGUAAACCAAAGCCAACGGAUCUCUGAUUUGUCAUCCCUUGCUUGCCUGGUCAUAUUAAAUUCUUUAGUACUAGAAUAGAUGGAUCUUGGAUCAACUAUUGUACAUCAGAAGUGUGCAUUGUUGACUUCUAUUUCUACCCCAUUUUGUCAUUUUCUUUGUAAAUUUUCUACCAAACUCCUCAUUGCAGAAGGUAUUGACUGCCUCUUGAGGAAUGGCACUGCAAACACUUGAACAAUGAAGCUUCUGUAACAAAGAUACCUUAAAAUUUGUUACUUGCUCUUUUCUGGUUCUGCGGCAAGAGGCAUCUACAAACAAUGGAGGCACUGUACACAUGUUCAAGGUUUUAAGAAACUACUUUAUUAGAUUUAUAUAAAGAAUAAAAUACAGAAAGAAGAAAAAUGGUUAUAAGUAGUAAAAGAGACAAAAGAAUACUUCUCAACUAAUCACAAAGCCACUCCACAUGUUAUACUGCUGGAUGUAAUUGCUAGUGCCCAGCAGCGUCUCCAAUCCCUCCUCCUGGAUGUCCUCGUCUCCAUCUCCAGUUCUUAUCACUAGUCGCGACGCAGCCUAGGAGAAGAUUGCAACUUGCACAAAGAAAUUACCCCUUUUAAUAGCUUUCAAGACCCUUUACAUUAACACUUCCCCAGACAAAUCUGUUCUUCAACAUUACCUAUUCUCAAGCCUGUAGGCUGAUACAUUGCUGUAUCUCAAAAUGUUGCUGAGGACUGGUUCCCUUCUGCUUUCUCAAAGCAUUCUCACACUCCCGACGAACACCGUAUUGUCUUACAAACUUUCAUGGUCAAACUUACAAACAUUUUAGCAUAAGGUAAGGAGGAAUCAAAUUGAACUCUUUCCUUAUAACAUCCCACUUGUUCACGCGAGUUCCCAGGGUGACAGAUUGUUCAACAAUGGGGUGGCAGGGACUAUGGUAGUCCAUCAUUCCAGGUGGGGAGCAGGAUGGUCAGUUGCUCCCCUUUUCCUAAAUCAAGGAUGUUGAGGUCAGACACUGUGAUCAAAUCCCCGCCAUACUGAACCAUUAAUUUCUGAACAGAGAUGGGGAGGAAUUCUUUUAGCCGGAGAGUGGUGAAUUUGUGGAAUUCAUUGCCACAGACGGCUGUGGAGGCCAAGUCAUUUGGUAUAUUUAGAGCAGAAGUUGAUAGGCAUCAAGAGUUAUGGGGAGAAGGCAGGAGAAUGUGAUUGAGAGAGAAAAUAAAUCAGCCAUGAUAGAAUAGUAGAAUAGACUCAAAGGGCCAAAUGGCCACAUUCUGCUCCUUUGUCUUAUGCUCUUAAUAUGUGGCAGGGAUGGAAACUCUUUCAGCAUCUGUACUAUGAUCCUAUCAUCCCAUACUGACCCACUUUGGCAGAAGUAAAUAGAAGUUCCACCUCCUGGCACCUUCUUCACCUGCAGAUUCCUUGUUGUCUUUAUCUUCUCCAGGAGACAUGAAUGCAGUUGAUCUGGGGGUCUUUUUAGAAUAUAUUGCAAAUCAUUUUGAUCUGCACUUCAACAUGUUUACACUGAACUCAAACUUUGUCCUUUCCCAAUUGGCCAGUAGUCAUACUUGGGGGUUCUCUUUGAACAUUUCAGAGACUAUAUUAAACUACAGAGUAUAAAAGAAUCUCUGCAAAUUUAACAAUAAACAAGGCCUUUAUUCUUUUGAUUCAGUGUUACUGAUCACACUGAGUUAAUACAUAACCAGUUUUAAUAAGUUACAGUUCCACUUGACCUGAGUGUCAUAUUAAUACUGUUAGACUUUGUGAUUUCCCUGCCAAUCGGUUCCAUGUGUUGAGUUUUUAUUUUAAUGGACAAAGAUCCUAUUCUAUAAACACCCAUGCUAUUGCUUAGAACAUGGCCCUCCUUGGAGAAAUCAUGACUACAAAAUACUUGGGGGAAAGAAUUCAAAGUCUGCCCAGAUAUAACAAAGUGAGUGAUGUUUGGUUGUAACUUGCCAAGAAUUUAACGUGAUAAAACCACAAUCGUACAAGUCGUUUAUCUAUAAGGGCUUCAGAAUUAUGUGCUGCUCUUCCCAUUUCUUAUGUUUUGGUCAACCUAUAUUUUAUUUAAAGAUACAGCAUGGUAACAGUCCCUCCCAACAAGCCCACGCCACCCAUGUGACCAAUUGACCUACUGACUGGUAUGCCUUUGGACUGUGGAAGGAAACCGGAGCACCCGGAGGAAACCCACACCAUCACGUGGUGAACGCGCAAAUUCCUCACAGUGGCGGGAAUUGAACCCGGGUCGCUGAUGCUGUAAUAAUGUCACGCUGCCUCACCGCCGCAAAGUGAAAUUUUUACCACCGUCAUUUAGGCCAGCUUAUAUUUACUCUCUGACCCACACCAUUGAAAAACCUCAAGUGUUCAAUGAGUUGUGAGGGUGAUUAGUAUUUCACUGUAAGUAAUGGACUUCUUCCAAGCAGUCAAUAUUAUAUAAUUUUACAGAAUUUGCAUACAUUUUAUCAAAUUCUGUUGAAAUAGUCCUUUUUGUAUGCUGGAUGUGACUGCACCUAAAGUUAUAAAACACUGUUUCUAAUUGCAUCCAUAAUUUAAAUGUAGCUUUUUUAAAAAUAUAGUCUCUGAACUACGGCACCUGCCUACUGCUUCACAGACAAAGAAACCUGGCUAAGUUUACAGACCACUGGGAUCUUUAGGAAGUUCUUUCAGUGCACUUCAUGCCACAGAUGUUGCUGAGCUUGCUAAGUGACCUGGUUUAAAGUCACAGUGCUGGGACAGGACCAGGAUUAAAAAGUACUUAAAGCGAUGGUUAGAUUAUUAGUUGGCAUGUAAAUCAAAUAGAAGAAUGGAAAAAGGCCUGAAGUUACUGGGUUAGGCUAGUUCUGUGACAAUGAGUGCAUAAUCCUGGGUUACUUUCCUCUUCUGCAGCAAGUGGCCUCUUUAUUCUUACCUCUUGUAUCUAAUAAAGUGGCCACUGAGUGUAUGUUCAUGGUCUUCUGCUGCUGUAGCCCAUCCACUUCAAGGUUUGAUGUGUUAUGGAUUCAGAGAUGCUUUUCUGCACACCACUGUUGUAAUGCGUGGUUAUUUGAGUUACUGUCACCUUUCUGUCAGCUUGAACUAGUCUGGCCAUUCUCCUCUGACCUCCCUCAUUAACAAGGCAGUUUCGCCCACAGAAAUUCUACUCACUGGAAUUUUUUUUUGUUUGUUUUUCACACCACUCUCUGUAAACUUUAAGAGUCUGUUAUGCGUGCAAAUCCCAGGAGUCCAGCAGCUUCUGAGAUACUCAAACCACCCCAUCUGGCACCAACAAUCAUUCCAUAGUCAAAGUCACUUAGAUCACAUGUCUUCCCCAUUCUGACAUUUGGUCUGUUACAGCGGAACCUCUUGAGCAUGUCUGCAUGCUUUUAUGCAUUGAGCUGCUACCAUGAUUGGCUAAUUAGUUAUUUGCAUUAAUGAGCAGGUGUAUCAAACGAAGUGGCGACACUAGCUUCCUGCUUUUCAAACACCCUUCAGAAAUGUUUUACAAACAUGAUAUAACACCUCCUGAUUCUGGAGAAAUGUUAGAAUGCUGUACAUUUGGUCUAGUGACAUCAGAUGACUUUUAGAGAAUUUUGCUAGAUUCAGAGUAAUACUGUGUGGGUAAAUGGAGUUAGGAUACAUGUUGGCCAUGACCUCAUUGAAUAACGUAGCAGCCAAGAAGGUUGGAUGGCCUGCUUCUACUCUAAGUGUAACUUAAUGUCUCAUAUAUAAACGUGUAGUCAAUGCUACGGAUUCAGUGGGACAGAGGGCCUGUUUGUGUCACUAAAAGUGCACCCACGGUGUUGCUAAAAAAAAAGUUAAGUAAUUGGGAAGCACCUUUUUUCUCUGUAUUCAGAAUAAAAUCAUGGGAUUCCAGCACACUAAAGCAUGCAAUGUCCAAAAUCCUUAUUUUCUGGGUGGAUUGCUUUGCAGCGACUUAAAUUUUUACUCCUUUCAUAAGGAGCCCAUGUUUCUUUGAACGACACUGCAAUCUGAAAACGUAAACUUAAAUAUCCGACGCUCCAUUGUUUAUGAGAUGUAUACAUGCUUAGCUUCUGUUUGAAACCUCAUUGAGGCAAUGAUUGUUAUAGUGUUCAACUUUGCAAUAUUCUUCUGUAAGUAUUGUACAGAAUUUUAGAUUAUAAAGCAUCAGUGCUGUCUGCCUAGGUUUGUGUGGGUGUUUUACUGCAGGCAACUGACUGUUCCAGAUUUAUAAACCAUUUCUUUCAUCUUGUGAUAGUCAACUAGUUGAGGUUUAACUUUGUGCCACUGCCUUUACAUUUCAAUUUGACAGGGCUUAUCUGAUGCGCAUGUCCAGAUAUCAUCCUGCAUGGCUGCCUGGUCAGGACCAAAGAAGUUACUUCUGUUAAAUUCUACAUGGAGAAACAAAAUUACAUGAAGUAAUCUCUUCAGACAAUAAACACUGACAUCUUAUUGCCCUGGUACUAAGGGGGCGGGUGAGGGGUAUUUGGAGGAAUUAAUUGCCUCAUUUACUGCAUGAUUGUGAAUCGUUUUCAUGGGGAAGUACUCAUCAGGUAGGCAACACGGUGAGAUUGAGCCAAAUACUCAAAAGUGCCAAAGAUUUCUUUACCCUAUAGUUGAUGCAUGGAGUAAUUUGCUGGAGGGAUUAUUAGCUGAAUGAUUGUUUCUUCUGAAGAAGCAAUGGGCAGGUGUUUGAAGGAGAUGAUGAUGCAGGACACUGGAAAGAGGAGCAUUAAUGUGGUUCCCAAUCCAUAUGACUGUGUUCCCCUUCAAAUUCUUUAUCACCUGAAGAGAAUCUCCAUUUCGUCUCAUGCCACCUGACGCAGUUCCCCGUCGAACCCUGAGCCCUGUCAUGCAAUUUCCCAACACACUCCAUGCCACCUAAAAGGUUCGUCCAGUUCCUUGAGCCACCUGACAAGUGGACUGUGCCACGUGACGUAGACGGCCAACAGCAGAACUGUGGUGCAUCUGUGCCAGACAACUGUGUCACGUUUAUGCUACAGCUUAUUUUUCUGAUGAUAAAAGUCUGUGAUUUUUUAAAUUGGAUCUUUCAGCCACUUGCAGUGUUUUUUAAAAUGAAGCUUUAUUGACUGAGAGCAUUAAGUGUGGAUUGGGAAUGGAACUCUUCCUUUCAAACUAUGUCCUAAAGAACCCUAGUAUUUUCAACAUAUUGCAACGAGGUUCAAUUAAAAGGAAAACAAAAUCUGCAAUGCAGAACAAAUAUGGGAGAAAAAUUAGUUACCAUUUGUGGCCACUGUUCACAUUUUUUUUUCCAAAGGAAGUAAUUUCUUCCAAAGUUCCCUUUUAACUUGAUUCAAAACAGAUUUCUGUUUGAGAGACUGCAUUAUUACUGAACAAAGCCCAGAUAGGCUUGUACCAAAUGACUUGGCUUUUCACUUUGAUGGAAGCAUUUGACAUUAGAAGUGUUGUGUUAUAGGAAAUAAUAAGUACAAAUGCUGGAAAUACUCAGGUCGGGCAGCAUCUGUGAAGAGUGAAACAUUUCAAAAAUUAGGGCGCCACUGUAGCAUAGCGGUUAGCGCGACACUCUUAUAGCUCGGGGUGUUCGGAGUUCAGAGUUCAAUCCUUGCGCCGUCUGUAAGGAGUUUGUACGUUCUCCCCGUGACCUCGUGGGUUUCCUCCCACAGCCCAAAGACGUACUGAUUGGUAGGUUAAUUGAUCAUUAUAAUUUGUCCUGUGAUUAGGCUAGGGUUAAUUAAGUGGGUUGCUGGGUAGCAUGGCUUGUUGGGUGGGAAACACCUGUUCCGCACUGUCUCUAAAAGAAGCUCAGCUUUGUUUUCUCACUGGAACUGGUAAAGUUCUAAUGAAGAGUUAUUGACCUGAAAUGUUAACUCUGCUGGGCAUUUCAGACAUUUUCUGUUGUUUUUAUUUCUGAUUUUUAAUGUCAGUAUUUUGAUUUUGGUUUGUAUUGGGGUUUCUGUGCUGUUUCCCCACACUGUGCAGUUUGUAAGUGAUCAUGUCCUUAAUCUGAACCUGACCACAAUGUGAAUGGAUCAAACAGCACUGAAGCUUGCACUGCCUUUGGAAUGCCGUUGGGCUGUUAACUGUUCAACGCAUUGAUUCGAUGUAUGCAACUCUUGUUACCUGGUACCUUUGUUAUGUUGUAUAUGUAAGACCGCACCUUAAACUCAAUGUGAUGCUCCUUUUUAUUUUUCUAAUUUCCUUUCUCUCUCUCUGUUGAAACGAUGUACCUUGAAUGUAGUGUUGCAUCAAUAAAUUAUUGUCUCUGCA